AUGGACGACAGCCUCUACGACGAGUUCGGCAACUACAUAGGCCCAGAGCUCGCCGACUCCGACGCCGAUGACGACUCCGACGCCGGCGGCGCCUCACCGUCCCCCUCCGCGUCCGGCUCGCCGUCCCCCGCGGCGCGCUCCCCGUCGGGCUCCCCCUCCCGCCCGGCCGCGCUCAUGGACGUCGACGACGACGAGGGCGACCCGUCCCAGCAGGCUGUGGUGCUCGCCGAGGACAAGAAGUACUACCCCACCGCCGAGGAGGUGUACGGGCCUGGCGUGGAGGCGCUCGUCAUGGACGAGGACGAGCAGCCGCUCGAGAUGCCCAUCAUCGCACCGCCCCGCGUCGUGAAGUUCGAGGUCGGGACCCGCGCCGCGGCCACGUCUACCUACGCGUCCACCGACUUCCUCCUCGGCCUCGCGGGCAACCCCGCGCUCGUCCGCAACGUCACCCUCGUCGGCCACCUCCAGCACGGGAAGACGGUGUUCAUGGACAUGCUCGUAGAGCAGACACACGAAGUGGACACCUUCGACUCUGAGGGGGAGCGCCAUGUGCGGUUCACUGACACAAGGGUGGACGAGCAGGAGAGGCAGGUCUCCAUCAAGGCUGUGCCAAUGUCGCUUGUUCUCGAGGGGGGAAACGGCAAGUCAUACCUGUGCAACAUCAUGGACACGCCCGGGCAUGUCAACUUCUCCGAUGAGAUGACUGCGGCACUGCGGCUUGCGGAUGGGGCUGUGCUCGUUGUUGAUGCUGCCGAGGGAGUAAUGGUUAAUACUGAGAGGGCAAUUCGUCAUGCAAUCCAAGAAAGGCUUCCCAUCGUUGUUGUGAUUAACAAGGUUGACAGAUUGAUAACAGAACUAAAGCUGCCCCCAAAUGAUGCAUAUUUCAAGCUGCGGCAUACUCUAGAGGCAAUUAAUGAUCUUAUCUCAUCGUGUUCAACUACAGUAGGUGGCACUCAGCUGGUGGAUCCUGCUGCUGGAAACGUAUGUUUUGCAAGUGGUGCUGCUGGCUGGUCUUUUACCUUACAAUCUUUUGCCCAUCUUUACUUGAAGAUUCAUGGGAUUCAAUUUGACCAUGAGAAAUUUGCAUCUCGCCUAUGGGGAGACCUGUAUUUUCACCCUGAUUCUAGAACCUUUAAAAAGAAGCCGCCAAAGGAAGGAGCUAACAGAUCAUUUGUUGAGUUUAUCCUUGAGCCUCUGUACAAAAUUUAUAGUCUGGUUGUUGGUGAGCAAAAGGGGAAUGUGGAAUCAAAGCUUGCUGAAUUGGGUGUCACGCUGAGCAAUGCAGCUUAUAAGCUUAAUGUUAGACCUUUGCUGAGGUUAGCUUGCCGCUCAAUUUUUGGCACUGCUACUGGUUUUACCGACAUGUUAGUGAAACAUAUCCCCUCAGUGAAGGAUGCUGCUGCAAGGAAGAUAGACCACAUAUACACUGGACCACAAGAUUCCUCUAUUGUGGAUGCUAUGAAAAAAUGUGAUCCCAAUGGACCCCUUAUGGUUAACGUAACAAAACUAUAUCCAAAGUCUGAUUGCAGCGUCUUUGAUGCCUUGGACGAGUUUAUAGUGGCACGAUACAGACUGGACAGACUGCACGAUACCGUGUUGCAAUUAGUAAAGCCCCCUGCUGGCUCUUGGGUUCUUAUUGAAGGUGUAGAUGCAUCAAUAAUGAAAACUGCUACUAUAUGUCCUAUGAAUAUUGAUGAAGAUGUGUACAUAUUUAGACCUCUACGUUUCAACACCUUGCCCGUUGUAAAGAUAGCAGCUGAGCCUCUCAACCCAAGUGAGCUUCCUAAAAUGGUCGAAGGUCUUCGUAAAAUUAGCAAGAGUUAUCCUCUUGCUAUUACCAAGGUUGAAGAGUCUGGAGAGCACACUAUCCUGGGGACUGGUGAACUAUAUCUGGAUUCCAUAAUGAAGGACCUCAGAGAGCUUUAUUCAGAGGUUGAGGUGAAGGUAGCAGAUCCUGUUGUUACAUUUUGUGAAACAGUUGUUGAUACUUCUUCUAUGAAAUGUUUUGCUGAAACACCUAACAAGAGGAACAAAAUUACUAUGCUUGCUGAACCAUUAGAGAAGGGCUUAGCAGAAGAUAUUGAGAAUGGUCUUGUUAGCCUGGAUUCAAGACAGAAAGAAAUUACUGACUUCUUUCGCCAACGCUACCAGUGGGAUGUGCUUGCAGCAAGGUCAAUAUGGGCUUUUGGACCUGACAAGCAGGGUCCUAACAUUCUUCUGGAUGACACACUUUCAAUUGAGGUUGACAAGAACCUGCUCAAUGCGGUCAAAGAUUCAAUUGUUCAAGGGUUCCAGUGGGGUGCUAGAGAAGGUCCUUUGUGUGAUGAACCAAUUAGGAAUGUGAAAUUCAAGAUCUUAAAUGCAAACAUAGCUCCAGAACCAUUGCACCGUGGUGGUGGUCAGAUAAUUCCCACAGCACGUCGUGUUGUCUACUCUGCAUUCCUUAUGGCUAAUCCUCGCCUUAUGGAACCUGUGUAUUAUGUUGAGAUCCAAACACCAAUUGACUGUGUCUCUGCAAUUUAUACGGUGCUAUCCCGGCGGCGUGGUCACGUAACAGCUGAUGUACCCAAGCCAGGCACUCCAAUAUACAUUGUUAAGGCAUUUUUACCUGUUAUAGAGUCUUUUGGAUUUGAGACAGAUCUCAGAUACCAUACCCAGGGACAAGCCUUUUGUCUGUCAGUAUUCGAUCACUGGGCUAUUGUUCCUGGUGACCCCUUAGAUAAGAGUAUUGUCCUUCGCCCCCUGGAGCCAGCACCUAUACAGCACCUUGCCCGUGAGUUCAUGGUAAAGACCAGGCGAAGGAAGGGCAUGAGUGAAGAUGUGAGCAUCAAUAAAUUCUUCGACGAGGCCAUGAUGAAUGAGCUGGCUCAACAGGCUGCUGAUAUCCACUUGCAAAUGAUGUAG